UUUAUUCUCACAUCACAAUGGGGAAUGGGCGUGAGUUUAGGUUACUGUUAUCUGCGAUAUAAUAUUUGAUAAAGUGUAGUUGAACAUGAUGACCGAAAGGGAUUAUGGACCUUUAAGUCCAGCCUGCGUAAGGGCACUAAAUGAUAAAUUGUACGAGAAAAGAAAAGCGGCUGCUCUAGAAAUAGAAAAGAUGGUUAAGGAAUUUGCACGUGUUAAUAAUACAGUGCAAAUCAAAAAAUUACUUAAAGUUCUGGGUCAAGAUUUUGCCACAUCACAGAACACUAAUACCAAGAAAGGUGGACUUAUUGGAUUGGCUGCUAUGGCUGUGGCCUUGGGAAAGGAUACUGCCCUCUACACAGACGAAUUGAUCCAGCCUAUUCUUGCCUGCUUCUCGGACUCAGAUCUGAGAGUCCGCUACUAUGCUUGUGAAUCUCUUUACAAUGUAGUGAAGGUUGCAAGAGGUUCUGUGCUCCCUCAUUUUACUGACAUCUUCAAUGCACUCAGCAAACUCGCCGCAGAUCCUGAUCAGAAUGUUAAAAAUGGCUCGGAACUACUGGACAGACUGAUGAAGGAUAUAGUGACGGAGACUUCAUCGUUUGAUCUGGUGGCAUUCAUGCCAUUGCUUCGUGAGAAGAUAUACACAAGGAACACGUUUUCUCGCCAGUUUAUCAUCUCAUGGGUUUCGGUACUGGACGCCGUUCCGGAUAUUGAUAUCAUUCUUUUCCUUCCUGAGAUUUUGGAUGGCCUGUUCCGGAUCCUCGAGGAUCACACAAAGGAAAUUAAAACAAUGUGUGACACGGUUCUGGGGGAGUUCCUCAGCAGUAUUAAGAAGGAUCCAUCCCGUGUGGACUUUGCUGGAAUGAUUAAUAUUGUGAUCGCACAUUCUCAGGCUCCAGAUGAAGUACUACAGUCCACAGCUAUUACGUGGAUCAAGGAAUUUGUCCAACUUUCUGGCAGAGUGAUGCUUCCAUUUGCAUCUGGAAUCCUUACUGCCGUUCUCCCAUGCCUUGCCUACGAUAGUGACUCAAAGAAAAACAUCAAAGAGACGGCGAGGGCCGUGAAUUUCAGCAUGAUGAAGCUCAUCACUGUCGAGGAUGACAGGGAUUUGCCGGAGGGUUCCGAGAUGGUGGAGCCAGCAGAUGAGGCAGCUCCAUCAAGCCGGGAGCUGCAGACGCAAAAGAAAUGUGUUACGACUGAGCUUGACCUGCCUACUGUGGUGGAUGUACUAAUCAGACACCUGCUGCACACGUCAGUGCAGACGAAGGUUGCUGUCCUGCACUGGAUCUACCAUCUGCACAUCAGAAUUCCAAACAAGAUGUUCAGGCAUGUUGAUGAGUUGUUCCCGGUAUUACUUCGGACUCUUUCAGACUCUUCGGAUGAAGUGGUCCAGCAGGCUCUGGAAGUCCUUGCUGAGAUAAUUUCAUCUCCUACUGGCAAGAAAUUAUCCUCAUCCGGUGACUAUUCUCUACAUUUCCCUGUGAAUCAGCUACUGGAUAAACAUGACUCAGGGAAGAACCAUUCCAUGAAUCCAUACUUCACGAAGUUCAUCGUGAGUCUCCUUCGGUCAUUCAGCUCUGACAGGCAUCACCUUCUAGAGGACCGAGGGGCCUUCAUCAUUAGGCAACUGUGUGUUCUGUUGAACUCUGAGGAUAUCUACAGGACAUUAUCAGAAAUACUUCUUCAUGAGGAGGACCUCAAGUUUGCCAGUACCAUGGUUGAGACCCUCAACACGAUCCUUCUCACGUCGUCAGAACUGUUUGAGCUCAGGACUAAGUUGAAAGAUUUGAAGACUGAAGACAGCUGCUUGCUAUUUUGCUGCCUGUACAAGUCGUGGGCUCACAACCCUGUUGCCACUGUUGCCCUCUGUCUACUUACCCAGAACUACAGUCAUGUGUGUGAUCUGAUCCGAAUAUUUGCAAAUCUAGAGGUUACAGUCGACUUCCUGACAGAGAUUGACAAACUUGUGCAACUACUUGAAUCUCCUAUAUUCAUAUAUUUGCGCCUUGAGCUGCUCAAGGUACCGCACAAUCAGCACUUGGUGCAGGCACUGUAUGGCUUGCUGAUGCUACUGCCUCAGACCGAGGCAUUCAACAUGCUACGACAGCGACUUGAUUGCAUUCCAAGUCUUCAUUUGCACUGCUGCAGUGACAGGAUACAGAACGUUAAGACUGAGAAAGACUGCAGUGUCUACAGCAAAUAUAUCAACUUCACCGAGUUGCUUCAGCACUUCAUCAGCGUACAGGACCGACACCACCAGCAUAAACAGUCUUCUCGGACGAUAGCGCUGCUUGAGAAAGGUGUGAUGAGUCUGAACACGUAGCAGUGUAUCACCCAUUUCCAGAUGGGAUGCAGCUGUCUGCUGCCAGCAUCAUGUUAGUUGUUUGUGAUCGGGGUUGGCGAUGGGUUUCUGAUGUUGAUUCUUAAAGCUGGGUUGUCAUUGGUUUAGUAGUUUCGGACAUCUUGUUUCAGUUAACAAGGGGUCUUUCCAUACGAAUGUCAAAGCUCAGAUUUAAUAUUACAAUUUAUUAUUCUUUAUAGUUGGAGGAAUGUGAUUAUUAAAAUUUGAGAUAAAAUAUGAAAACUAAGUACAGGUAAGUUUGAAAAAAAUAUUAAGAAACUAGCAGAGCAUAUACACAACCUAAAUUCAGAUAAUGAAAUUAAUAUUACUAAUAUCGUAAUGUCUCUUUUAAUAGUUAGUCACUAAAAAUAUAUAUAUAUAUAUAUAUAUGGAAAAAUAUAACUAACCAGGUUAUUAGGGCUUCAUUUAUUUAUUUAUUUAUUUAACCCUUUGAAUAUGUAUAAUAUAAGUAUGUAAAUGGUUGGGAUGGUUGCAGUAAUUAAGAUUUUUUUUGUUUAUAUUUACUGUGUUAUGAAUAAGACAAUAUUCGAAAUUAUUUCAGCUAAUACUUCUUAAAGAAUUGAAGAUAAAAGAUGUGUAAAUGUCAGCGUAUCAUGAAUGUAGAUAUUUCACACACGAGAUUUAAUAGACUCAUGGCAGUAAGCGUUUAGAUUGUGGUAUUUUGGGUUCUGACACCCUGUAGUCAUGUAUGAGGGUGCCGUUUCAGAGGAAUCUGCUGCAUAAGUGUUCACGGUGGAUAUUUCUCAGAUUGUGUGAGGCAGUUAGUCAAAACAAUUGAAUGUUAUGAUAUUAAUACCUUUGACAGAUGCCUGACAAAUGAAACAAGAUGACUUUUAACCAAUGUCAGCCUUGCUUAUUAUUAUAAUAUUGCUAGUUCCUAUAUUAAUACUAUGUAUCAUAAAAUAUUUUGCAACGCAUCGGCUUCAUUAAUGUGCACAAAUCUUGAAGGAUUUUAUUAAAGCACCAAAGUACUAUAACAUUAGUAUGUAGAUACACAUCUGAGAAUUUUUCAAACACACUUAAUAUUUUAAUUAUCACUCUUGUGAGAAAUAAUAUUUGAGAUAGUGUCUCAUGAGAUUGGUACAAAGAUGAUUUGUUUCUAGUUUAUUACAUUUGCUGCCAGGGCUGUUGCACGACACGCUACCAUCAUCAGUCACAUUGCAAGAUCCUUGAACACCCAAACUAACCUAACCUAUCUGGUAGCAAAAAGUGAAGGUUUAACUGUGCAGAGAGCAGGGCAGAGAUAACACAGUCAAUAUAAUGGCUGACUAUAGGCUGGAAAAUCACAAUUUGAUAUUCCCAGCAUCAUCAAAGUUCUCUUCUCACUUUAGUGAGGCUCUGAACACUCUACAGCCAUCUGUCUGAGAAAAUUACAGUCAUAUAAACAAAUGUGCACAAACAUUCAACAUCGUCGCCACUAUUGUCUUGCGAUGUAUUUGGCAGCAAAUUUGUAAAGUAAUUGUAUACCAGAAGACAGGCCUGAGUGGUCAUAUAGCGACAUGUUGUGUUGAAUAAAUAGUCUGAUUUCUCACGACAUAACGAUUUGGAUUGGUUAGAAUUAUGCCAGUUUAUUAAGUAUGAAGGAAACAGCCCUCUCAAAGCCAAAUGUGGUGGUGCCUCCUUGCCAUGUGACCUUGAGCUCUGUAGUGAGAUCAGUGUUUGGGAUCUGUGGUCCGCAGUAAAUGAUCCAAGAUUACUUUGUAGUAACUUUAUUGAUCAUCCAUGAGAAUGUUUCACUACAUUAAUAGGAUUUCCAUUAGAUUUCAUUGUGUCAUUACAAAAUGAGACCAAGAAUGUGUGAGAUUAUGUUAUUUUUAUGCACUGUAUAGGUGAAAUGUAAUCUAAUUAAGCAAGAUGUGAUUACUGUGCUAUUUUUCAUUGAGGUUAAUGAGAAUUAUGUGUUCAUGUACAGUCAUGGUAGAGAUGUAACAUUAUAAGCAUAGGACAUAGUACUUGUUAGUUUGCAAUAAUGGAAUUUUGAUAAGGGCAUUGACACUGUAUUUAUGCUGUACAGACUUAUGUUUAAGAAAUACCUAGUGUUUGCUUUCAAGCACUCAAAACAUUGCUGCAAUAUCGCUGGUCAGGGAAAUAGAAAGUUGAUCAUUGUGUUCAUAAA